AUGUUGGCGAACAAGUUGCGGCGCGAAACUAAAGGCAAUCUCUUCAACAGGAAUGAUGAAGAUCCAAACGAUAGAGUGGUGGAGAGAGAGCAGCAUGAUCACGAAGAAGACGAUACCGUUAUACAGAAAGGAAUCUUUCUCAACAAUGCCAAAGGCAGUGUACGAGACGAUCCAACCAGACCAAUAAAGCGAUUUUAUGACCAGCACGUUUCAGCAAUUCACAGAGAGGCUGGCGGAUCCGAUCAAGAAAUUCCUGAUUUCCAAUCCGUUCGGUCACAAAUGUCAAGG